UGAUGAUAAGUAGUAGUCUAACCGUCCAGCAACAGGUAGGGACAUUUCUUCCGUAAUUUAACAUGUGUCGGAUACUUGCUCUACCAAUGUAAGCUAUUAUAAUAUGAUUUCGGAAAGCGGCGGUCAGUGAGACAUAUCCGACAAGGCAGAGGCUUUAGUACGAUUUUUUUACAUAUUUUUUUUCGCGCACCGCAUGCAGGCUCUGUUUUGUCCCACUUCAUUUAUCCACCAAGUCCGCAAUACGCGGAGACUAAAGCGUGUGUCCGUCCCAUUGAUGAGAAAACAAACAGCAUGUCAUCUCCAGACAAGACAACCCAAAGGAAUGAAGUCCUGAAUAACAUACGGAGGUCCUCGAUGGUGGCGGGACAUGGGAGAAAACAGACGGAGUUUGAGAUGUCACAAGCCGCGUCAGCCUCACAACCUGGAGCGCAUAUUUCUAACAACAGGUUUCUGUGUGACGCCGAGGGCAUCACCAUUCACACAACUGUCACUCGACCGUCGGUGUCUCACCUACCCGGGCUCAAUCUGAACCCCCGGAUGUCCGUAUACAGCACAACUCGUCAAGUUAUCGUCAGCCGUGCUUACAUUCAAGGACGCGCUUAUAACUUUCUGGAAAGACCAUCUGGGUGGAAAUGCUUCGUGUAUCACUUCUCAGUGUUCCUCAUCGUGCUCGCCUGUCUAAUCCUCAGUGUGCUCUCUACUAUAGGGCAGUACCAGGCUCUGGCACAUGGUACUCUCUUCUGGGUGGAGAUAGCGCUGGUGGUGUUAUUUGGUGUGGAGUAUGGUGUGCGGCUGUGGUCGGCAGGGUGCCGUAGUAAAUAUGUUGGCGUCUGGGGCCGGCUGCGCUUUGCCAGGAAGCCUAUCUCCAUCAUCGAUUUGAUUGUAGUGGUGGCCUCCAUCAUCGUACUGGUAGUUGGCUCCAAUGGACAGGUGUUUGCCACGUCUGCUGUCAGAGGGAUUCGCUUCCUGCAGAUCCUGCGUAUGCUUCAUGUGGACCGGCAGGGAGGAACGUGGCGUCUGCUGGGCUCUGUGGUCUUCAUCCACAGGCAGGAGCUCAUCACCACGCUGUACAUUGGUUUCCUGGGGCUCAUCUUCUCCUCCUACUUUGUGUACCUGGCAGAGAAGGAUGCUGUGGACAGCAAUGGAGCCAAUGAGUUCGGGAGCUACGCUGACGCCUUGUGGUGGGGGGUGGUGACCGUCACAACUAUAGGCUAUGGAGACAAGGUGCCUCAGACGUGGAUCGGUAAAACCAUUGCAUCGUGUUUCUCAGUCUUUGCCAUCUCCUUCUUCGCCCUACCAGCUGGGAUCCUGGGUUCAGGCUUUGCACUGAAGGUUCAACAGAAACAGAGACAGAAGCACUUCAACAGACAGAUCCCUGCAGCUGCCAUUCUCAUCCAGACUUCGUGGAGGGUCUUUGCUGUGGAGAACCCUGACUCGGCCACCUUCAAGAUGUUUGUGAGGAGGAGACCUGCUCUGCUCAGCUCCUCUGUAUCCAGUCCCAAGCCCAAGAAAACGGUGAAGCUGAGGAGGAAGUUGAAGAGCAGUGAGAAGGACGACGGGCCUGGUUCUCCCACUGUUCCCAGUAUCUCCUACGACUCAGUGUUCAAUAGUGGGAGGGAGCUCAGCUCUGAUGUCUACAGCACUGUGUGUACAGCUGAAGCACUAGGAUGUGAUACCCAGCAGUCCUGGACCUCUCUUUCCUCCCUUACGUUCAGCUCUCCACUCCCAGUGAAAAAGACCCCUGGUUUGUUGGAGGUGCAGCACCCUCGUCCCCUCCAGAGGAACAGCAGCUUUGGGGACGAUCUGGACCAGGAGGACCAGUGUGUUCUGACCCCAGUCACCCACGUGUCACAGCUGCAGGGGAGUCACAGAGCAGCUAUCCACGUGAUCCUACGGAUGCGCUAUUUUGUCGCUAAGAAGAGAUUCCAGCAAGCACGUAAGCCCUAUGAUGUGCGAGACGUGAUCGAGCAGUAUUCCCAAGGACACCUGAAUCUCAUGGUGCGCAUCAAGGAGCUACAGAGGAGACUGGACCAGUCUCUAGGGAAGCUGACCCUGUUCCAGACUAGCUCAGACAAAGCCAAAGACAAAGGCACCAACACCAUCGGCUCCAGACUCAACAGGAUGGAGGACAAGAUACAACGCAUGGACCAGACACUCAACCAAAUUGCAGAGUCCCUUACCCAGCUGUUGUCUGGGACAAGCCAGGGGCAGGGGGACAUGGGGGGAGCACAGGGGCAAGGUAGGAGGAGGUCACAGGGUGGGGCAGGUGUCCCCAGCCAGGAUAGCCUACCCAGCUACGAGCAGCUCUCCACCGCGACCCUCCAUCCACCCCUCAACCCCAGCCUCAGCCAAGACAAGAGCUCCUGAAUCGACCCUUCAUCCACCCCUCAACCCCAUCCUCAGCCAGGACAAGAGCUCCUGAAUCAACCAUCCAUCCACCCCUCAACCCCAGCCUCAGCCAGGACAAGAGCUCCUGAAUCAACCAUCCAUCCACCCCUCAACCCCAGCCUCAGCCAGGCAAGAGCUCCUGAAUCAACCAUCCAUCCACCCCUCAACCCCAGCCUCAGUCAGGAAAAGAGCUCCUGAAUCGACCAUCCAUCCACCCCUCAAACCCCAGCCUCGGCCAGGACAAGAGCUCCUGAAUCGACCCUCCAUCCACCCCUCAACCCCAGCCUCAGCCAGGACAAGAGCUCCUGAAUCAACCAUCCAUCCACCCCUCAACCCCGGUCUUAGCCAGGAGAAGAGCUCCUGAAUCGACCAUCCAUCCACCUUCAACACCAGCCUCGGCCAGGACAAGAGCUCCUGAAUCGAACAUCCAUCCACCCUCAACCCCAGCCUCAGCCAGGAGAAGAGCUCCGGAAUCGACCAUCCAUCCACCCUCAACCCCAGCCUCAGCCAGGACAAGAGCUCCUGAAUCGAACAUCCAUCCACCCUCAACCCCAGCCUCAGCCAGGACAAGAGCUCCUGAAUCGAACAUCCAUCCACCCUCAACCCCAGCCUCAGCCAGGACAAGAGCUCCUGAAUCGACCAUCCAUCCACCCUCAACCCCAGCCAGGACAAGAGCUCCUGAAUCGACCCUCCAUCCACCCUCAACCCAAGCCUCAGUCAAGACAAGAGCUCCUGAAUCGACCAUCCAUCCACCCCUCAACCACAGCCUUAGCCAGAACAAGAGCUCUUGAAUCGACCAUCCAUCCACCCCUGAACCCCAUCCAGGACAAAGAGCUCCUGAAUCGAACCUCCAUCCACCCCUCAACCCCAGCCUCUGCCAGGACCAGAGCUCCUGAAUCGACCAUCCAUCCACCCUCAACCCCAGCCUCAGCCAGGAUAAGAGCUCCUGAAUCGACCCUCCAUCCACCCCUCAACUCCAGCCUCAGCCAGGAAAAGAGCUCCUGAAUCGACCCUCCAUCCACCCCUCAACCCCAGCCUCAGCCAGGACAAGAGCUCCUGAAUCGACCAUCCUGAUGCAGAGAAACACCAAAACCAUUUUUGACGCUUUCUCUCUUUGUCUUAUUCUGAGAUCAGUGUUCUUCAUGAUAAUGAACCAGCUGUGUAGUGCUAGGGCAAAAAACUAAAUGCGCACUCAGUGGGGGCCCCAGGACCAAGUUUGGGAAACCCUGCCCUAGAGAAGAACCGUAUAGACAGGAGAUUUAGCAACUCUUGGAGGACAAUCGAAUUAAAUAAAAUAAAUAAAAUAUAUUGUUAAAAGUAGAACCAACACGUUUCAGCUUUUGGCCUUUAAACAAAGAUUAUUUAAUUGAAUUCCAAUGUCCUCCCAAGAGUUGCUAUAUCUCCUCUCUACUUCAGUUUGCUCCUCAAUUCAUGCACCUUGGUUGGAGAGCGAGGUAGCUGCAGGGCUCCCUUCCCUAGAACAGAACAGUGCCUCAGCCUACAGGACAAGCCAGCUAGACACACAGACGGGACAUAUUUUUCAUAGAUCCUGGAUAUGAUUAUGUUUCUGAAUUCUCAUUUACUGCAAUUGUCAAUGUUCCAGGGGGGAACUUUUCUUGGAAAUGUGAGCAAGCGCCAUAUUCAAACGCUUUCCCCUCAAUCAAAAGGAAAUUAGAUUAAAGUGCAUAUAUAACAUUAUUCCGGCUGUGUAAGAGCAUUGGAAUGUUACAAUAUCAAAAAGUAAUGGUAGUAUUCUAUUUGAUUUGAAAUAUGUUGAUAUGCAAAGCCAACACUUCAGUAUAAAGGUAGCUAUGUUUUUUGAUGGUGAAUAUGGAACGAUGUCCAUACUAAAAGUAGGCAGUUAUAAUAACACUAUGUUUUCAAAAGGUUCUCCAUGUAUGUACCGUCAAAACAUAAACUAAAUUGUUGGGGUCGGGGUGUAGAUUUUCAAUGCAAUCAAAUUGUGUAGCUAUCCUGUUUUAUAAAGAUUUUGCAUUGCCAAUAAAUGAAUGUGGCAAAU